CGCGGGCGGCCGCCCCCCCCCUUCGCCGCCUCCCGCCGGUACCGAGCGGUUCGCGGGUGUCGGCGCUGCCCGGUUGCUGCCGCCGCUACCUCCCCGGCCCCGCCUCCGCCUCCCCCGCCGGGACAUGGACUCCGACUCCUGCGCCUCCCCGUUCGCCCCGGAGGACUUCUCCCCCGCCUCCCGGCGGCACCGGACCGUGGAAGACUUCAACAAGUUCUGCACCUUCGUCCUGGCCUACGCCGGCUACAUCCCCUACCCGCAGGAGGAAACGCCGCUGAGGAACAGCCCCAGCCCUCCCAACAGCACCGGAGGCACGAUUGACAGCGAUAGCUGGGACCCCCGGUUCAAUGACAUCCCCUCCGCCGUUUCCCUGCCCGCCAAGAACAGAAAGAACUUCAGUCAGCUUAAGCGAGCGAAACCGUACGGUUCCCUGUUCCAGCGGGCAAAACCCGGCAACUUCCUGCAGGAGCGGAAGCAAAUCGAUAAGAUCAGGAAGAAGAAAAAGCUGAAGAGGAGGGAAACGGAGGUGUCUGCAGAGGAGGACUACGAGGAGAAGCUGCUGGAGCUGGAGGCGGAGGACUCUUAUGUAGAGACACCGAUGAGCCCCUCGUCGGAGGGCGACCCUCAGUCUGCGACCGAGCACUGCUCGGUGUGGGACUCGGACACGCCUUCCAGCGUCUCCUACCCUGCCGUGACGGCCGAGCCAACAGUGGAGAUCCAGAGCGUGGGCAAACGAACGGUCAUCCGGCAGGGCAAGCAGGUGGUCUUCCGGGAUGAGGACGGCACCGGCGAUGAUGAGGACAUCAUGGUGGAUUCAGAUGACGACUCAUGGGACCUAGUCACUUGCUUCUGCAUGAAGCCUUUCGCCGGGCGGCCGAUGAUCGAGUGUAACGAGUGCCACACCUGGAUCCACCUCUCCUGCGCCAAAAUCCGCAAGUCGAAUGUCCCAGAGGUCUACAUAUGUCAGAAGUGCCGGGACUCCAAGUUUGACAUUCGCCGUUCGAACCGCUCCCGGACGGGCUCGCGCAGGCGCUUUCUGGACUAGGGAAGGGAGGCGCGUGCUGGUGCGCUGCUUGGGCGGGUGGGCGAGCUGCCGACGCCGGCCGGGAGGCCGGGGAGAGCUCCCCCGAACUGCUGCUGCUCAGGCGGAAGGGCUGCCCGGCCGGCCUGCGGUAACAGGGACGAGGAAUCGCCAAGUUGUGGGCAGCCGGGGCUGGAAGAGGCCGACUGGUCAAAACUGCUGCUAGAUACCAAUUCGCUCGAGGCACAGACUAAGCUCUCUGGGUUUGGUGGGGUUUUGUCCGGUCACAACUAUGAAUUGGGUGAUGUCUGGGGAAUGUAUAAUACCUUUGCCACGUAUGUUUUCUCAUCCCAUCGGGAAACUGCGAACCUUCUCUGUGCUAGGAAACUCGAGGAGGGAAUCCUAGGAGGAGGAGGGAAUCUGUGUGAAGAGUCUGAAAAGUAAAUGGCCAUGUGUUUUAAUUUUAAUGUAAUACUAUACCUGCCCAUUUGUCCAUAUAUAUCAAUCUUAGAUAUUCUAAGGCUCCGUGGGAGUGAGCGUCAAUACAUACCGACCUCUGCGCGAUCUGCCUCCUCUUCAGUGGGCCCCGGGCAGUAGGGGUGUCCUGUGAUUUGGCACUUUUCAAGUGAAAACAGGGCUUCCCUCUGUGCUGAGGGACCCGUGCGUUUCAAGGAAGAGAGCAGCCCUUUUUCUGGACAGGCAGCGCUGGGGAUUAGCGACAUUGGAUUUCUUGCUAGGUGGUCUCUUCUUACGGUGAUUUUUCGUGACUUUGUUUUGCAUGAUCAGCUCCAGUGUGUGUAUGGGGGGGAUACUGUUCGCUCCGUUUCCCAGCCCGUCGUUAAACUCUAAGGUGCUGUUUUAAGACGACGAUGACCCUCCAUUUUCUCAGCCCAGAAUUCAAACGUGGACUGUAAAAGGGGCCAUAGUAAACGUAGAACCUGGCAGGUCUGGUUUGGGAUUUGAUCAUUUUCAUCCAAGUACUACAGCUGAGUUGACUUUUGUUUUCACUGUUUGUUUUGGGACUGGAUUUGUAAUCAAAAAGAUGGAAUCUUUAACCUAUUGGUUGCAAAUUACACAGAUAAAAGCAAAUGCAGGCUAUGCAGCUAGCAAGAUGAAGUGCAAUGAAGAUCCAUCCAGUGCAGGGGAGGACAGGAGCGCGCUGAGGCCCCUGCCGACGCUGCGCUCCGUCGACGGGACAUCCUGGGACCUCAGCCCGAGGGAAAUCUGUUCAGAAACUUGACAGGGAGUCGAGGCUCGUACGCAAGGCCACUGAGCCGGCGGCACUGUUCCUCGAUGACCAAACAGAGCGAGCCAUAUGUAUUGCACAAAUUCGGUUGACAUGUCGAGGUAUUUCUCUGAAGUUAUGCCUGAUGGACAAUGUGUGCUCUGUCCGGUGAGACCGGGAGGCAAGGGGAGUCCCUGGCUGAUACCACGGCUGAAAUGGGUUGGCACGUGUCCACGUUAGUCCUGCAGAUGAUACACCGCACUAAGACCACCGCCUUAUCCGAGUACUGGCUCAUCAGGAGAUGCGUCCUGGUGAUGACUAAGGGUUUUUCCAGUACACAGAGUCAGGUACCCUCCUUCAGAUGUCUGACAUGGGGCUGCCAAAGCUUCAGGCAGACAGUCCAGCACGGCAGUGCCCUGGGGCUUCGCUGUGUGGGACGCGGGGGUGUGAAGGAUCCCCAGGCCCGGGUCGGGAUGAUGGAACAGCACGACGUGCAACUGUAUGCUUCUCUAUAAAAAUCCCGUUCCACCAAGCUGCAACAACUGACUCCAGGUUCUGAAAACCAGCUCCAGCUUCUGCAAAAUCUUAAGACCGUGACCAUGCUACGCUGCCUUCCAGAAGCUGCGUGGAACCACCGAGGAGUUUGCCAAAGACUUGCCCCUGCCGGCUGCCUGACUGUCUUAGCAGCCAGAAAAAUAACCAAAGUUCUCAAAUGCCACCAUUUCCCUCUGCAAACAGAAAGGCUUUGGAAGAUCCCGGUCGCAAGCUGCGUGAGGGUUGGACCUGCUCUGAAAAUUGGUAUCUCUCUUGUUUACAGCGUGUCUGCAAUUCAACUGGACCUCCGUGGAACGCGUUCCUGAAGCUUUUAUGGGAGAAAUGGCGAACUGCCAAGCGAACUGGCUCUUUUUCACAGAGGUUCGAUACUAAUCAAUGUGACUGACUCUUGUUCUCUUACCUUUUCAGAUUUAUCCCCAUAGAUGGUGUCUGACAAGUCCAGCACAUUACAGUAUCAGCAGAGA